AUGAAAAUUGUGGUCUCGAAGAUGGUGUGGCUCGAUGGUCGCGACAAAGGCUAUCAUUGCAGAAGUAGGGCCAGGCUGCACAGCUGCUUAUUCGCUCUGAAUGUGCCCUUGACCAAGCGAAUUGGCUAUCGCGCUACAUCUGCUGACUGUGAGCUUACAGGAUUGGACGUGCUUCUGCUGCAGCCGGACCCAGUUGGCAGUGCUGAUCAAUUACAUACCUACACCAAAAGCUCCGAAAAGGCCGCAACAGACCACAACCGGAUCCACCGGUCCGGACUCGGUCCGAUACUGAACUGCCUUGGAGGCGGCCGUGAGGGCUUAGCACAGCGCGACGCGUAUAAAGGACCCUGCCCCGGCCCUUCGCGUCGCAACAUUAUGGUCAAGUCCAUUAAAACGCUCAAGGAAUUCAUCAACUUGGUCCAUUUUGGGCCCUGCGAGCCUAGCAAAGUUCUCUUGGCCACCCGAGCCGGCCAAUAA